AUGAAGCAUCAGGUAGUUGUGGAAGCUGUGGUGGCUGUGGCAAUUGCUGCGGUGGCUGCGGCAGCUGUGGUAGCUGUGGUAGCUGCGGUUGUGGCUGUGGCUGCUGUCCUGGCUGUGGCUGCUGCGGAGGCUGUGGUUGCGGCGGCUGUCCUUGUGCAGGCUGCGGAGGAUGCAGUGGCUGUGGCUGCAUGGGCUGUGGCAGUAGCUGCCCCGGGGGCAACUGCAACGCCUGCAGCACUGGGUGUGGGGCAUGCGGCAGCACGCCAAGCGGAGCAAGCGGAGGAAGUGGAGCAAGCCCCUAGGCUCGGAGCUCCAGAGUCGAGAGAUGUGGUGCUACAUUGUGGAGCUAUUUGUUGUGCUGUUUUGUGGAGGGGUUCCGUGCCUUUCUGCCUUUCCACCCUUUCACUAUCUCUCACGGCAGUCCUAGGCUGUGGCGGUUGUGGUGCCCAAAGCUCUGGGCCCCCAGCUGUGGAGGAUCAGGAAGGCCGCCCUGCCAAGGGCUCCGAUCGCUUUCAGCCCUAUUGA